GCAAAAGUUGCUUUAUCACAUUUACGAAUAAUUUAUGAUGUCGUCAUUUGUAUGAAAUACGAUUGGUUAUAUUUGUGAAUCUCUUAUCAUACUUGUCUGUGUUGUGGGUAUUUAUUUGAACUCUUACAGUAGAAAACCACAGAUUCCUCGGUUCUUCCGUCUUACAAUGUUCUCUGUAGUGUUUGGACUGUUACUGAUAGUUGCGGUCAAAUGUCAAGAUGUUGAUGACCCAGACUAUUACACAGCUGCUGUAUACGAACACGUGGGGAAAGGUAAUUACAAAACAGAUCCGAUUAAAGAAUACAUUGAAAAAAAUUUGGCCGCUUAUGAAAGAGCUGCAACGACAGCUGGUCAACACAAUGUCGACUUGCUGGCUUUUCCUGAGUAUGGACUCUUCUCAUCCACGAAACGAGAAGUUAUAAUUGACGAUGCCCAAUACGUUCCCGAUCCGAAAAUUGAACAAUGGAAUCCUUGUUUGGAACCCGACAGAUACAACAAUUCAUAUAUUUUAGAAAAGUUAAGUUGCAUGGCUAAGCAAAAUAACUUGGUUAUUUUGGCUAAUAUUCUGUCGAAAGUACCUUGCGACAAUUCUACUGAUUGUCCAGACGAUAAAUUCUAUUUUUACAACACCAAUGUAGCCUUCAAUAGAAGUGGUUUAAUAAUAGCACGAUAUAGCAAAACUCAUUUGUAUUUAGAAGAUGGCCUUAACGUCCUUCCAAAACCCGAAUUUAUUGUAUUUAAUACUGAUUUUGCUUUAAUCGGUACUUUUAUUUGCUUCGAUAUUGUAUGGAAAGAAUCAGUUCAAAUGGUUGAAAAAUAUAAACCUGAUGCUGUUAUAUUUUCCUAUCUAUGGUUCGAAUUCUUUCUACCAGGAAUGAGCGAUAUUCAGAUGCAACAAUCUUGGGGAAUCACAAACAACGUAACCAUUAUAACAGCUAACAGGCAACAUCCACAAUAUGGAUCUUUAGGAAGCGGAAUGUUUUUUGGAGAUACUGGAAUCGGCAAUUACGUUUAUAUCGCAGAUGGUCAAUCCAGACUACUGAUCUCUAAAGUUCCAAAAAGAGGUGUUACACCACCUCAAGAAUUUCCGCCUCCAACCAUUAUUGAAUUUGGUGAUUUUGAAUCACGAAAAUCUGAAAAUAAUAUAUCUUCUGGAGUAUGUUCUAGGAAAAUACUAGGACCCCCAUCAAACAAUAACGACUUCAGAUGCAUUGAUUACGACCUCAGCAACUUUACGUUAGUUAAAGUGAAUGCGGAAAAUCACUUGGAAGCUUGUAAUAAUGGACUUUGCUGUAGUGCUAGUUAUAAAGUACAGUUAUCGGACGAAGACUAUUAUCUGGCAGUUUUCAAUGGAACUUAUACAACUUCCGAAAGAUAUACAUGGUGGAUAGAAGCCUGUCUUUUUGUGCGCUGCGAUUCCUUUGAAGGGAAGGAGUGUUCCACCUUUCCUACAAUAGCUAGCACUGUCUUUGAAGAGCUUAAAAUCGAAGCUAAUUUCACCACUCCAUAUGUCUAUCCCAGCAUUUCUAUUAGCGGCCUACAACUAGCCCCCAAACAGAACUGGGUUUACAACGAACAUGGAUUAUAUUUCAAAACAGAAUCUGACAGCCUCUUACUUGCUACUUUACACGGGAGAUCUUACGAUAGAGAUCCGGAAUAAUUUUCUAAGUUUUAUUAUGUGUUACUUUUAUAUAUAUAUAUAAUUUAGAAAUAUUUUUUACUGUUGUUUUAUUAUUUUGUGUUAAAUGCAAAACUAAAAAUUAAUUUGCAAUUACAAUAAAGUUCUGUUGUGAAAUUUUAAAAUAGAAUCAUUACUGGAGGAGGGAACUGAUCAAAAAUAGAGAUUCUACACUAGAGUGCUGCAACAACGAACUUUUGUUAAAUCUACUUUGAAAGAGAAAGAAAAAAGUAGAAAGUGUAAUUUGCAUUACAGUUAACAGGAUUAUCUUACGUCCUCUUUAAAAUAAAAUUGAUUAAGUUAGAGAAGAAUCAAUAUUAAGCAACACAGGAGAAAAUUAGAAUGAAGUCAUCUGUAUUCUAGCUAACUUCUCUGGUAAAAUUAACUAGAAUGCAUAUCACUUCAUUAGAAUGUAAGUUAGAUUCAGCAGACUACAUAAAUAAUGAGAAACAGCA